UGCCAGACGCGCGCCUGCGCAGUCAGCGGCGCGCGGUCGCUUAGCCUACCGCGUACUUUCCAAGGCUCAUUGGUCUGAGAAAGCUGUAGUUGCGGUAUUAGUGGUCAGGGGUCUGCGACGUGUUCGACAGAGAGGACUAGCCGGACUUCACUGUCGAGUUCGGUCCCCCUACUUCAGCACCUCCUUAGAGACGCUCCGCAGCGCAAAGCCCGCCCACUGCACAGGCUGAACCCCCACUUCCGAGCAAGAUGGCUGAGGAGCCGGAGUCUGUCCUGCACCUCCCGCCCUCAACUGCGGCUGACGGCGAAGGACCUACGGAGAGCUCCCCAGGAGCAGCCACUCCAGAGCCCCCUUCUUCCGCUGCAGUCUCCCCGGGAACUGAGGAACCUGCUGGCGACACCAAGAAAAAGAUUGACAUCCUGCUAAAGGCUGUAGGAGACACCCCUAUAAUGAAAACAAAGAAGUGGGCUGUAGAGCGAACCCGAACUAUCCAAGGACUCAUUGACUUCAUCAAAAAGUUUCUUAAACUUGUGGCCUCAGAACAGUUGUUUAUUUAUGUAAAUCAGUCCUUUGCUCCUUCUCCCGACCAGGAAGUUGGAACUCUCUAUGAGUGUUUUGGCAGUGAUGGCAAACUGGUCCUACAUUACUGCAAAUCUCAGGCAUGGGGAUGAACUACAGAGAAAAAGAUAUUGAUAACUUAAAAUGAGUCUUCACAAAGGAAACAGCUCUGAAAAGUUUUGAUACUUGUGGCACAAGACUUGUGGAUAUGACCUACUCAGCAUGUUAUCUACUAUGACCCAUGUUUAUGCAUUUAAAAAAUCCGUAGAGUAGAUGACUCAAAAAUGUGAUUAGCAUUAAUAGAGAAAUCGUCAUAAAAGAUUGACAUUAGCGUAUACCCAUUACUAUAAUUUGCUCCAGGGUACAGAAAAGGAGACUGAUUGUACAAAGCUUUAUUACCAAUUCUCAAAAUAACUGAAAUUGUUUACUUUUUAGAAUCAGCACUUUGCUGAUUUUUUUUUUCCCACUGUAAAAGUCAGUUUAGUUUACUAAAGGAUUCUUUUUGUGCUUAUUCAGUGAAGUUCAGUUUGUUCGAAAUAUGGGAUAUGCCUGUUUUCAUUUACAUUUGUACCUACUGUGUAACCUUAUGAAACAAAAUGUCAUUGACCUGCUGGCUUUAUACCUUAAAUAGUCCAGUAGAGGGCAGCCCAGCCAGCAGAAAGAGGCAGUUUGGUUUUACAUCUUUGCCAAAUGAUAAUGGAGGAAAAAAGCAGUUCCUGCUAAUUUCUAGCAAACCUCUAUCUGUGAGAGCAUAUAUGUGGACACACUGGAAGACUGCUUUAAAGAAUAUGCAUGGUUUAGAUUUAAUUAUUUUAUUGAAAAACAAGAAAUUUUACAAAUUUUGGACAAAUGAGUCAUUUGAUGUUUCUUGAGUCCCAAUGGUUAUAGCUGUGAUGUUAGUUUGUCUUAUUUUUACAGUGUCCAAAGCACUCAAGUAAAUGUGGCAACAUCUUUGAGUUUUUUGUGAUGCAUUUUCAACUUGAAAAUGCUCCAAGAAUAAUUGAAGAAUAGCCCCAAAUUUUGUGUAUUUCGUGCCAUGACUAAAAGUACCAUUUUUACUAAUGCUAUUAGACUGAUAGUUGCUUGAAGUGAGAUUUAACUUUUUUUCUUCAUUCUGUAUUAUAUUUGUAAUGCAGCAUUAAAAAAAAAACAUUCCAAUAAACUGAAUGGAAUGUUCAAACAGGAUCUAAGGUGUGUAUAAGAAUAAUAAGUGUUUAUUUUCAGAAGUAAUGGGAAUGGUAUGAUUUAGUCAAAGGACUUUGAACUACACUUAUGUCCCUUAAUCCCAGAAUGUACUUUAUGGUUAAUGAUCUGCCAUACAUUAGCAUUAGGGGAUACUAAGGAACAAUUCUGUUUACGGUAAUGAAAUCACUGUUCAGAUUUCAUUUUUUGUCCAAGAAUGAACUCAUAAGACCCCUUAUACCAAUGUUCCUGUAUAAUUAAUACAGCUAGUAGUUAGCAUUGGAAUAAUACAGGUUGAACUGUGCAAAUUUAUCUUGUAAGAGUAGGUAAAAAAUUUGUCUAUAUGUUGAAAACUGGAAAGUGUAAUUUCAAGUCAAAUCGUUUCGAUAUGGAAAAGAUCUGUUCUCUAGCUUUGUCCAUUCAGUUUACUGAAGGAUGUGAAUAUAUUUAUAUGUGUAUUUAACAGAUAGUAAAAAUGUGUUUUAUAUUUGCCACUAAGGUUUCAGCGAUAAGAAUAUUUACUACCUCAGUAAUCAAAACUACUUGAGUUUGAAUUUGUGACAUUUUAAUUAUUCUUUUUUGAUAUAAAGAACUUACUAGUUUAUUAAAUUCAAGGUUAGUGAAA